AUGGGGAGUGCUCCAUGUUCCGGUAAGGGGAGGGCGGGAGGGGGGCUGCAGGACCUGGGCUGUAUGCCAUGGAAGCUGAGCAAGCAGAAAGAGGUGGUGGCGCGAGGGGGGGAGGAGAGGUCAGACCUUGGAGAGCAUGAUCUAUCGACCCCUCCGGCCCCGCCUCCACUGCCCAUCUACCACGAGAAGCAGCGGCGGGAGCUGUGUGCUCUGCACGCGCUCAAUAACGUCUUCCAGGAUGGGGCAGCUUUCAGCAGGGAUACUCUCCAGGACAUCUACCAGAGGUGGGGGGUUAAGGUUGUGUCCUCUAGGGAGAUAUUUCUCUCAUCCAUUCUCUGUCUCUCAAAGUCCUUUCCUCUUUCAUCCCCUCUCUCACUUUUUCUCUCCCUUCUGCACCUCUCUCUCUCUACCUUUGUCAACCUUUAUCUUUUUCUCUCUCUUGCUUCUUCUGUCCUCAUCACUCUAUCUUGUCCCUUUCUCCACAGACUCUCUCCUGGCACUCUGGUAACCCCCCACAAGAAGAGCAUGCUGGGGAAUGGGAACUAUGACGUGAAUGUCAUUAUGGCCGCUCUGCAGACACGAGGAUAUGAGGCUGUCUGGUGGGAUAAAAGAAGGUAUACCUCUGUUCUCAUCAAAGCUAUAUGGCCUUCUACCCUAUCUAGUCAUUUGUCUAACAUUUUUAUCCAAAGCGAUGUACAUGGCCCAUGCAGGAGUUUUCAAAUCCACAACAAGCACCAUCCAACCCACUGAGCCAUUGGAGCCACAAUGCUAUGCUCAUUCGUAUUCUCAAUCUUCUUUACUCCUCUCCCUUUUUGGUGCGUGUGUUGGCAGCAACUAUGUCAGUCGGUUCAGCCGUGCUCAAUUUAGUUCACUUCAAUCACUGGCCGUACACCAGCUAUAAAGAGGAAGACUUAUUUACAUAUCCUCUUCACUCUGAAUCCCUGUCGAGCACAAGGCAGCUACUCAUACAGACAUACAGACAUACAGACAUAUGUAGGGUGCAUUCAUAGGGGGGAGUGGGGGAAGUUUAGCACUUUUUUUACAUUCAGCAUCACUACAUCAAGGCAAAUAUUGUUUUCUUUCUAACAGAUAUCUACAUAUAUUUCAGGAUGUUGGGUUUCCCUGGAAAUAAUCAGAAUUCAUGUAAACAUGAUAGUUUUGAAAACAUAGAUUGUCAAAAAAAAGUGGUCUCUUGGCUCAAUAUAUGGGGUUAGUUGAGCCGCCUUGGGGUAAGUGGGUGAUGGGGCUGGUAGAUCAAAGUUUAAUUCAUGGAAUGGGGGUGUGGUAUAUUGCACAGGAGGUUGGUGGCACCUUACUUGGGGAGAACGGGCUCGUGGUAAUGACUGGAGCGGAGUGGUGGAAUAGUAUCAAACAUGGUCUCCAGGUGUUUGAUGCCAUUCCAUUCGCUCCGUUCCGGACGUUAUUAUGAGCCGUUCUCCCCUCAGCAGCCUCCUUUGAUAUAUUCAAUAUGCUAUAUUGUACACUGAGUGUACAAAACAUUAGGAACACCUGCUCUUUCCAUGACAGACUGACCAGGUGAAAAUGUCACCUUAUAAAUCCACUUCAAUCAGUGUAGAUGAAGGAGAGGAGACAGGUUAAAGAAGGAUUUUUAAGCCUUGAGACAUGGAUUGUGUGUGUGUGCCAUUCAGAGGGUGAAUGGGCAAGACAAAAGUUUAAAGUGCUUUUUAACGGGGUAUGGUUGUAGGUGCCAGGCGCACCAGUUUGAGUGUGUCAAGAACUGCAUCGCUGCUGGGUUUUCAUGCUCAACAGUUUCCAAUGUAUCAAGAAUGGUCCACCACCCAAAGGACAUCCAGCCAACUUGGCACAACUGAGGGAAGCAUUGGUCAACAUGGGCCAGCAUCCCUGUGGAACACUUUCGACACCUUGUAGAGUCCAUGUCCCGACGAAUUGAGGCUGUUCUGAGGGCAAAAGGGAGGGCUGCAACUCAAUAUUAGGAAUGUGUUCCUAAUGUUUUGUACACUCAGUGUAUAUCUUAAAUGUAUUCAGACAUAGAUCUCUCUGUUCAAUAUCACUUACCCUUCCAUUUCUUGACCAGUUGUCUGGGACAGGUAUGUUGUUUCAAUGUGCAAAUUCGUAGGCAAGUUCUCUGCAUUUCAGGCUUCUAAGCCCAUGAAACUGGUCCGCAAAAUUCUUGAUAUGUUUAUCAAGCUCAGGCACCAUGUCAUCAGAUAAGACCUUGUGUGCCUCUGCUACUCUAUCAUAACCUCUCUUUCUCACAGGUACAUGUAUUGUUUUCUUUUGUGUCAUUGUCUUUGUUUCACCCCUUGCUGCUUCUCUCACUUCCUUGGCUGCUCUCUCAAGAACCUCAAGACCCCUGCUUGUUUUACGUUUGAAUACACAGGGCAUGAUGAUGUCUGCUCUGUAACAAUAAAAAUGCACUAUCUUGAGUUCAUAAGCAUGACACAUUGCAAAAAUACCAUGCUACUAUGCAUAUUAUGUGUAGAACUGACUAAAUGUAAUCAUCAUUUGUAUGGGGUAUGGUGGCCAUUGGCUCAACUUACCCCAAGGCAAACAUUUUGGCUAUAUUAGCCCACACAGCUACAAGGAUGCAUGUUCAUGCUAGGUUUAGGAACUCAUAUUGUAGCUUAUAAAGACCCCAACUGAUGUAUAGAACAAUCUUAAAAGUAUACUUUGGUUUAGAUACAAGCAUCAUGAAACCUCUAACAUAAAAUCAUUAGACUUUGUGAAAAUCCAUUCUUUGGACAUAACUUUCUUAUCACUUUUCCCAUGUGGUUUCUUCACAGAGGCCAUGAAAUUAUGACCUAUUAUACAUAUUUGGUCACAUGAUUAAGUUUGUUUAUAGUUAUCUAGAAACAACUAAUCCCUUUGGCUCAAUUUACCCCACUCUCCCCUACAGACAUCAUCAUGGAUUUACAACAUUACAGUAGCUACUGAAAAUCCACUCCUACAAGACCUAUGGAAGUCCGUGUGUGAUUGACUUGUGUAUUGUGUUCCUGCAGGGAUGUGGACAGUAUUGCGCUAACCAACGUAACGGGCUUCAUCCUGAACGUCCCGUCCAAUCUGCGCUGGGGUCCGCUGCGCCUGCCACUCAAACGCCAGCACUGGAUAGGGGUGCGGGAGGUGGGCGGAGUCUAUUACAACCUUGACUCCAAACUACGCAGUCCCACACACCAUCGGAAACCCUGAUGAGCUCAGGUACUGCGCGCGCGUGUGUGUGUCAUCCCAAUUAUCCUGUCCAGUCAGUAGAUUGAGUCCAUCAUGAUUUGCGUUGUUCAUUUUACAUACAUUGUGGAGCGGCCAAGAGAGAACGUAAUUUGUAUUGUCUCCACUAGGUGGUGCCAGAUAGUAAUACAAAAUCACAGUCUCAUUCCCAAAUAAUAGUCAAUUCCAAGGCCACCAUUCACAAUGAUGAUUGAUCCUUGUCUAACACCUAAUAAAUAACAAGCUGACAUCUUUAUUCUCCUUCUGUUCUUUCGAUACCCUCCACACAACAGGAAGUUCCUGCGUCACCAGCUGAGAGGGAAAAAUGGUGAGCUCCUAUUGGUGGUGUCUGAGGAGGUGGAGGUCCACCAAACAUGGAGAUCAGAUGGCUGUUGAUUGACCUUUUCUCUACCGGAUUAGACUUUUCCCAGUUCUUGCUCGGGAUAACAGGCAUGAUCCAAUCAGGGGACAGAUUGAAGAGCCGGUGGGGUUGUGUUCAGCCAGUCACACAGAUGCACACCGACCAGACAUACUUUUUUUGCUCACACACAUAUUGCUGGACUAUGGCUGAUGAGACCUGAAGCGAUGAAGGAAACAGACGAAUACAGGGAGGUCACGAAGAAAUCACACUACACAAUACUCAGAUUUAUAAACGUGUUUGGGAUUCUAAUGUGUUUUUAUAUAUAUUGAUGACUAUUUUUCAAUGUUACUUUUGAUUUUUUUUGUACGUUACCGUUUCCAGUUUCCAAGUGUGAGAGGCAUGUGACUGUGUGUAAUACUACCCGUCUGUCGCUCUCGCUAGCGCUCUCUCUCUCUAUAUAUCUGUCUCUCUGUCCCCUCUCUCUCUAUAUAUAUCUGUCUCUCUGUCCCCUCUCUCUCUCUAUAUAUCUGUCUCUCUGUCCCCUCUCUCUCUAUAUAUAUCUGUCUCUCUGUCCCCUCUCUCUCUAUAUAUAUAUGUCUCUCUGUCCCCUCUCUCUCUCUCUAUAUAUCUGUCUCUCUGUCCCCUCUCUCUCUCUAUAUAUAUCUGUCUCUCUGUCCCCUCUCUCUCUCUAUAUAUAUCUGUCUCUCUGUCCCCUCUCUCUCUCUCAUUUAUCUGUCGUUGUCUGCUCUACUG